AUGAUGAAUAAAAACAAUGUGACAGAGUUUAUUCUGUUGGGAAUUACAAGUGAUCCAGAGCUGAGGAAAAUGCUGUCUGUGCUGUUUCUAAUUAUGUACAUGAUCACGAUCUUUGGAAAUCUUCUCAUUGUGGUUACCAUAACCAGAAGCCCGAGUCUGAGGUCACCCAUGUAUUUUUUCCUUUUAUCUCUGUCACUCAUGGAUGUCACUUACUCUUCUGUCAUUGCUCCUAAGUUGAUUAUUGACUCCCUUUCUGAAAGGACUAUUGUGUCAUUUGAAGGUUGCAUGGCCCAGUUAUUUGCAGAACACUUUUUUGGUGGAGUGGGCAUCAUCCUUCUCAUUGUGAUGGCCUAUGAUCGCUAUGUUGCCAUCUGUAAGCCUCUGCACUACACAAAAAUCAUGACUCCUAACGUGUGCUGCUUGAUGGUAGGAGGGGCUUGGGUAGGAGGAUCUAUGCAUGCAACCAUUCAGCUUCUUUUUAUGUAUCAAAUACCAUUCUGUAGCCCAAAUAUUAUUGACCACUUCAUGUGUGAUUUGUUUCCAUUGCUGAAACUGGCCUGCAUGGAUACAUAUAUCUUGGGUCUUUUAGUAAUUUUGAAUAGUGGGGUGAUGUGUGUUUCCAUUUUCCUUAUUCUCAUUGCUUCCUACAUUGUCAUCCUAUGCUCCCUUAAAUCUUAUAGUUCUGAAGGGAGACGCAAAGCUCUCUCUACAUGUAGCUCACAUUUCACAGUGGUUGUGUUGUUUUUUGUGCCAUGUAUUUUCUUAUAUAUGAGGCCUGUGGUGACAUUUCCAAUAGACAAAGCAAUGGCUGUGUCCUUUACAAUUGUUGAACCAAUGUUAAAUCCUUUGAUCUACACAUUGAGAAAUGCAGAGGUAAAAUAUGCUAUAAAGAAUAUGUGUAGAAAACAGGGGUGCCACUAA